AUGGCGGCUGUUUCGGUUGCACUUAAUCUCGACUUAUCGAGCCUCAACGUUAGCACUGGAAACGACGAUACCAACGUUUCUAGCGACUUCUCCUACGGCUUUUCGCACGCGAACGGCACCAAUGGUGACAAUGCCAAACCCCUCCCAAUCGUAGUCGCAGGAGGCGGUUGCGUCGGGCUGUUUCUAGCUCUCCUCCUCGCACAGUCCGACAUGCCCAACAAGGUGGUCGUCAUCGAACCGCAGCAACCAGAUCCCAUGUCGACGCGCGCAAUGGCACAUCAACCGCCGACAUAUCCCAUCUUAUCCAAAGUCGAAGGCUUACUACCGGAACUGGUGAAGACAGGAAGUCUGAGCUCAGGCCUAUGUUUCCGAACGAGCAUCCAAAACGGCAGCAAAGUGAUUGCAGAAAAAACAUUCGACAACUCAGGCGAAGGCAUGAAAGGAAAGGGACAACUCCUACUACCACAAGGAAAAUUCCAACAAAUCCUCAUGAAGCGCCUAGCCGCUCUGGGUGACGAAAAAGCAGAAGUACGCCUCGGAACCAGCGUCACCUCCUUCAAAUCAACCCCCAGCAGCGUAACCGUGCAAAUCACCCCCGAAGCCACCUCAACCCAACUCGGCGACGAAACGCUCGAAGCCGCCUACCUAAUCGACGCAUCCGGCGCCCACUCCACCAUCCGCAAAGACCUCUCCAUCACCCUCGAAGGCGAAACCCUCGACGCGCAACUCGUAGCCACAGACCUGCAUUUCGACUUCCACGCCCACGGCUUCCACGACGCGAACUUCAUCAUGGAUCCGCUGAACUACGGUCUCAUCGGCCGUAUCAACCACGCCGACGCCACCGCGGAUGGGAAACCCGCUUUAUGGCGCGUGAGUUACGGGGUCCCGAUUGGGGUGUCUGAGGAGGAGAUUAUGAGGACGCUGGAUGAGAAGUUGGGGGUUAUGAUGCCGAAUGGAGGAAGGGAUGGGCGGGGGGAGAAAGCGUAUGAAGUUGUGAGGGUGGCGCCGUAUAAAGCGCAGCAGAGGCUUGUUCCGUCGUUGUAUCAUCAUGACGAGCGUGUUUGUCUUGUGGGGGAUGCGGCGCAUUUGACGAAUCCGUAUGCGGGACUUGGGCUGGCGUCUGGGAUGGCGGAUGCGUCGUCGCUGUCUGAGGUUCUCGUUCGGGUUCUUACUGGGAAGGCGGCGGAUGGUGAGAGGUUGUUGAAUGCUUGGUCGGCGGCGAGAAGGGAGAGCUUUUUGAAUGUUGUGGAUCAGCCUUCGAGGAUGGCGUAUAAGCGGGUUAAGGCUGAUGUCAGCAGUGAUGAGAAGAUACAGGAGAUGAUGAGCAAAGAUCCGCUCGUGGGUGCGCUGAAGAAGGGUAUGCCUGUUCAGCCGCCGAGUUUGGAGACGAAGGGCGAGGAGUUGGAGGGGUGGUGA